AUGACUGACGACGACAAUCAGAGGUAUAGUUUGUUGUAUAGUGCUGCAAAGAGGAACGAUAUUAAUGCAUUAUAUAACAUGGUUUGUGAUGACAAAAAAUACACUUAUGAAUAUUACAAUAGAAAAGAAUCGAAUGGUAGCACGGCUCUUCACAAAGCUGUAGAAAAUCAAAAUGUUGAUUUUGUCGAAGUCCUCGUGCAAAAAGGUGUACAUUUGAAUGUUCGUGAUAGAUCUCAUCGUACUCCUUAUGAAAUUGCAGUUACUCUGAAUAAUCCCCAAUUACUUGAACUACUACGUCGUCCACAUUAUUCUGAAUAUUAUAUAAAUAAUCCACCAGUGAUGAAUUUUCAAUCAGGAUAUGUGAGAACUCCAAUUCAUCUUGCACAUCCGCAACAUCCGUUACAAAACUGUCCAGCCUCUGUAUAUUCUUCUCCAUAUACACAUAUUCGAAAUUUUGCUCGAAGAACUUUAAUUUAUCCAGAUAACGGUGAAAAAGAUAAAGAAUUUGACAAAGUAGAAGGACUUAUCGCUAAUGCUGAAAAUUAUAAUUGUGCAGACUCAUUGAUUCGUGCAUAUACUGUAGAAAGUCCGUUUUAUAGAACGCUUAAUAGAACAUUAAAUCAAUGGCAAUCAGCCAUAAACGCGGAUCCUGAUGUUCUGGCAUAUUGGAGCAAAGUUCGAGAUUUUAUGAAUCAUUUUGAUGAUGCACUUCGACCGGUAAAUAUGUUGUGUUAUAGAGGAAUAAAUAUUAAAGACAGACGAGAAUUAGACGUUUAUAAACCGAUGACUGACAUAGCGUUUCCACAAUUUACUUCUACGACCCGAGAUAUAACAAUUGCACGCACUUUUACAGGGGGUAUUUUGCCGGUAAUAGUGCAGAUCAACAUUACAAAUCCUUAUCAACAAGUAGAUGUUUCAACGCUGUCAGAAUAUGCAGAAGAGAAAGAAAUACUGUUUCCGCCCUGGAGUGCGUUUCGAGUUUUAAAUGUCAUUCACAAUGAAAUUGAUCCCAGUACCAAAAAACUGUGUACUCGUAUUAUGCUGGAAACUACAGAGGCUCCGUACAAUAUUCAAUAG